CUAUCAAAGAUGCUCAUAUGUAUAGAGUAGCAUCUGUUGAUACAGCAACUUCUGUUUUUCUUGGCCGUCGGCAUCUUUCAUUUACAACUACUACCACUAGAUAAUAUUAAUUUCAACCAAUUCUAGAAGUUAUGACUAAGCUCCUUGCUCUUGGGAAUAUUUGGACUGCAGAUUUCUCUAUAUAUAUCUACAAUAGUAUAGUAAUAGAUUCCAAGCAAGAAAAAAAUUUGUGGGUAGCCAUUAUUUCUUCGUUCUAAUUCAUCGAUGUUGUUGAUAUAAGAGCUCAAUUGCAGAGAAAACCCAUAUGGAGUGGAGUUCAGCUUUUGUUUUCUACCUCAUCAGCUUCAUAAUAUCGUCCUUAGUCUUCCUCCUCCUCCGUCAUUCAGGCUCAAACCGGCGGCGCUUCCCUCCCGGACCACCAGGAUGGCCAAUAAUUGGCAACUUGUUCGACCUCGGUUCAAUGCCCCACCGAUCCUUAACAGACUUCAGAGCCAAAUACGGCGACGUGAUUUGGCUAAGACUCGGCGCAAUUAACACGAUGGUCAUCCUUUCAACAAAAGCCUCAACCGAUUUCUUCAAAAACCACGACCUCGAAUUCGCCGAACGCACCGUCACCGAAACAAUGCGCGUUCACGGCUACGACCAAGGAUCAUUAGCCCUAGCCCCGUACGGCUCUCACUGGCGGGCGCUCAGGCGGUUAGUCACCGUGGAGAUGAUCGUAAGCAAACGCAUCAACGAAACAGUCCCGAUUCGUGCCAAAUGCGUCAAUAAAAUGCUGGAGUGGAUCGAAGAGGAGGCGGGGAAAUUGGGAGUCGGGAAUGGAGUUCAUGUGGCGCGAUUUGUGUUUCUCUCGACGUUUAAUUUGCUCGGGAAUCUGAUGCUGUCGAGAGAUCUGUGGGAUCCGGAAUCGAAGGAUGGUUCGGAGUUUUUUGGUUCGAUGAUGGGGCUGCUGGAGUGGACAGGGCACGCGAAUUUGGCCGAUUUGUUUCCAUGGUUGAAGUGGUUAGACCCGCAGGGACUACAGAGGAGGAUGAAGAGAGAUCUCGGUAAGGCUCUGGAGAUUGCGUCGGAGUUUGUGAAGGAGAGAGUGGAAGCGAAGAAGAAGAAGAAGAAGAACGAGGAGGAUUCGAGGGGUGGAGAUCUCAAGAAGGAUUUCUUGGAUGUGUUGCUUGAGUUUGAAGGCAGCGGUAAGGAUGAGCCAACUAAAAUUUCAGAUAGGGAUCUCAACAUUUUUAUACUGGAAGUAUUUAUGGCCGGAGCAGAAACAACCAGCAGUUCCACUGAAUGGGCACUGACUGAGCUACUAUUGAACCCAGAAUCAAUGACCAAGGCCAAAGCUGAGCUCAAUCUAGUCGUUGGACCAAACAGAAAGCUAGAAGAGAGUGACAUUGAACACCUUCCUUAUCUACAAGCCGUAGUCAAAGAAAACCUCCGAUUACACCCUCCGAUUCCAUUCCUCGUUCCGCGGAAAGCAAUCCAAGACACCACCUUCAUGGGCUAUCACAUACCGAAAAAUACACAAGUUUUCGUCGAUGUUUGGGCGAUCGGAAGAGACCCUGAUGUCUGGGAUGAUCCCUCGAGGUUCAAGCCAGAGAGAUUUAUUGGCUCGAAACUGGACUUUAAAGGGCAAAACUAUGAGUACCUUCCUUUCGGAGCGGGGCGAAGAAUGUGUGCAGGGGUGCCUUUGGCUCAUCGAAUGCUUCACCUUCUAUUGGGUUCGUUGAUUCACCAAUUUGACUGGGAGCUUGACAGCAGUGUGACACCAGAGACUCUAGACACGAAAGAUAAGAUGGGUGUUACAGUACGCAAGUCUGAGCCACUUCUAGCUGUGCCCAAGAAGUGUGUGGUUUGAGUAUAUUAAUUCAGAGACUUUCAUUUGUCUUACACUAUAUCAGAUAUGACCUACGGUCCUUUCUUUUCUUUCUUCAAUAAUCUUCAUCAUGGUA